UCAAUCUCUAUUAGCAGCUUCACAAUUUCUCUCCAAAGAAACAAAUCCCCAUUUUCCUUAUAUUUUCUUUCUCUUUUUCUCCAUUAUCCCUUAAUUUCCGUUUUCCAUUUAUCCAUAUCUCCUUAAUUAUUAAUCUACAUUUCAUAUGAUUUCUAAACCAAUUUACAACAAUUCAAAAACAAUAAACAUGCCGUCUGCAGAUGACGAAUUAUACCCAUACACAACCACCGGCAAAUUCAAGGUCGACCGUAGCCAUGCAAUCAACCGUCAAUUCCACCGUUGUUUCGCUUCCACAAGCACAAUGUUUCUCUGGGCUCUCUUCUUAAUCGCCUUAACCGCAUCCUAUCUAAGUUUCCAAAGCUUCGUAGAUUCCGGCAGCCGUUAUUUCAACGCCUCAUGGGGUGGUAUUCAAUGGGAAAAACAGGUGCGUAAUUCCGCUGCCAAUACUCGCUCCGGCGGUUUCUCGGUUUUAGUUACCGGCGCCGGUGGAUUCGUAGGUACCCAUGUAUCAAUUGCACUUAAGAAACGCGGCGAUGGUGUUGUUGGAUUAGAUAAUUUCAAUAAUUAUUACGAUCCUUCUCUUAAGAAAGCACGUAAAUCUUUAUUGAAUACAUAUAAUGUAUUCGUUAUUGAAGGUGAUAUUAACGAUAGUCGUUUAUUAUCCAAAUUGUUUGAUACCGUUGCGUUUACACAUGUUAUGCAUUUAGCCGCUCAAGCCGGCGUUCGUUACGCCAUGGAGAAUCCUCAUUCGUAUGUUCAUAGUAAUAUCGCGGGUCUAGUCACGCUUCUCGAGGCAUGUAAAACGGCCGAACCGCAACCCGCAAUCGUAUGGGCUUCGUCAAGUUCUGUUUACGGGUUAAACGAGAAUGUUCCCUUUUCCGAAUCGGAUCAAACCGACCAACCCGCUUCACUUUACGCUGCAACAAAGAAAGCGGGUGAGGAAAUAACGCAUACGUAUAAUCAUAUAUACGGACUUUCUAUAACGGGUCUCCGGUUCUUCACGGUUUAUGGCCCGUGGGGUAGACCCGAUAUGGCUUACUUCUCGUUUACAAGGAAUAUUCUACAAGGGAAACCGAUAACGGUUUACAGGGGUAAGAAUCGGGCUGAUUUGGCCCGGGAUUUUACUUAUAUUGAUGAUAUUGUGAAGGGUUGUUUAGGGUCGUUGGAUACUGCGGGUAAGAGUACCGGGUCGGGUGGGAAGAAGAAGGGUGUGGCUCCAUAUAGGAUAUAUAAUUUGGGGAAUACUUCACCGGUGACGGUUCCGACGUUGGUGAGUAUAUUGGAGAAGUAUUUGAAGGUAAAGGCAAAGAAGAAUAUUGUGGAUAUGCCGGGUAAUGGGGAUGUACCGUUUACACAUGCGAAUAUUAGUUUGGCCCGGAGGGAAAUCGGGUAUAAACCGACUACGGAUUUGCAAACGGGUUUGAAGAAGUUUGUUAGGUGGUAUCUUUCGUAUUACGGCUAUAAUCAUGGAAAACUUUUAAAUUGAGUUUUUUAUUUUCUUUUUUAGUUAGUUUUUUUUUUUGGGGUUGUUUGUUUUUCAAGGAGAU